GCGUGUCACUUUGCACGUGACCGGUAAGAUGUCUUUCCUCGAAGACGAGGAAUCCGAUUUUCUACCCGCUGGAGGUGGGGCUCCUAAACUCGCGUCUCUCUUUGGUUCUCCGCCCGCACAGCAACAAGAUGCUCAUUCCUUGACCUAUACGGCACCUAAACAACCGAAAAAGGCGAAAUCAGACGCGCCGGCUGUUAUACAUGCGACGUCUGCUCAUACGUAUCUCUAUACGGGUGGCCAAUACAAAUCUCAAGGGAAGAUGGGCGUGGCUAUUCUUGGCUCGCAUCCAGCAAGAGACUACAAACUGCUUGUCUAUGCUUCUCAACAGAAGCAAGUCACGUCAGCAAAAAUCACAACAUCUUUUGUGUGGACGGUUCAACCCAACAACUAUGCCAGCUUCUUGGACGAUCGACAGCAGAGAUGGUCGGUGUGCUUUGAUAAAGAAAUAGAUGCGACUGAAUUUGCUAAGCAAGUUGCUUUAUCAAAAUGCAAUUCGUCAUCAUCUGGCAAUCUCAGUCUCAUUCCACAAGACCUAGUAACAACAGAAGGGCAGGUCAUUGAUGUCAACGACCAGUUGGAGUGUCGGUAUACGGGAUGGCUGUUGACUGAGCAUACCUUUGGAAAGGUGUUUGAUAGCAACGUGAACAGCGAGAAGGCGUUUCGCUUACGAGUUGGUAAAGGGAAAGUCAUCAAGGGCUGGGAUCAAGGUGUGAUUGGGAUGACGAAGGGGAGCAAACGGUUUCUUAUUAUUCCGUCAACUUUAGCAUAUGGAAGCAAGGGUUCAGGCAGUCGAAUCCCUCCAAACUCGACUCUUCUUUUCGAGAUUGAAAUUAUUCGGGUAAAGUUCAGUAAGGACACGGAAUCAGUAGGACCUUUAGCUCCACCAACAGACACGUCUGAAACAAGUGAUGCUCAGGAAGGGGAGGUUGUGUCUGUGAGGGAGAGAACUUCUUCGAUCUCUGAUAAAAUGGCUUCGUCUUCUGAGGACAGCAACAAGGCAAAACUCAUCUCUCGUAUGGCAAAGAUGGGUCAAUCACUACUUCCCUCCAGCUCCACGCCGUCAAGCUUCGAUGAGGCGGAUACUCCCACGUUCACUCACGCACACCCACAAACACAACAAUUCCAUCAACCGCACAUGAUGGGUCAACAACCACACACAAUGACAUCACAACCACAACAACAACAACAGAAUCCAAUGAUGCAAAUGGGUCAACCAGGAAUGAAUCAAAUGGGUCAACCGAUGAUGAACCAGAUGGGCCAACCGAUGAUGAACCAGAUGGGUCAACCGAUGAUGAACCAGGCGGGCCAACCGAUGAUGAACCAGAUGGGUCAACCGGUUGGUAACAUGAUGAGCCAACCGGAACUCAACCCAAUGGCCCAACAAGCUCACAUGCAGCCACAAAUGCAGCAACAGCCGCAAAUGCAGCAGCAACAGCCGCAAAUGCAGUCGCAGCCGUCGUCAUCGUUUUCGUUCCCGACGCUUGGUGGUCCUCCGGUCCCACAACAGCAGCUGGCGCUUUACCAGCCAAUGCAGCAACAACGGCAGCAGUUUCAGCAGCCGUUUCAGCAGCAAAUUCCCGGGCAGUCGUUGCCUCCGUCGUACAGCUCGGUGACUCAACCGGGAAUGGGUCAACAGCCUGGGUUUCAACCAGGAAUGCCGGGACAGUCGGGCUACAUGCAGCAGCCACAGCAGCAGCAGCAGCCUCAACAGCAGCAGGGCUUUCCUUACCAGCAGCCGCAGCAGGGAGGUGGGUUUUCACAGGGUAAUCAGAUGGGAAUGGGUGGGUCAGGGGGUGGUGAGAGUGGAGGUAGAAACGAGGAGGAUAGGGCGUCGAGAACGUUGUUGACGGAAACGAGAGAGCAACAGAGUGAGGUGAAGGUCGAGUUGGGGAGGAUGACGAGGAAACUGGAUGAUAUUACGUUGAAAGUCGAACAAAUUCACGACAGCAGCCGUGAGGCGAGCAGAUCACUCGUUGCUGCCAACUCGGCUCCAAGCAUGGAGGCCGGCAUCCUACUCCACAACAUACAGAGAAUAAUGCAAGACAACGAGAGACUGAAACGCGAAGUGUUUGAGAAGAGUGCGCGCAUCGAAGGACAAAACGAGAAAAUCGCUGAACUACUGGAACGAAACCAGAGGUAUGUGGAGCAGAGUAAUUCGAUGUUGGAGCAACGAAACGAUUCGUUUAAAGUGACGACAGCUCAGGCACAGUCGAAAGUUCUGAUUCUUGAACAAGAGAAGGCUCAGUUGACAACUGAAUUGAGUGCAGCUGUGAGUCAAGUUGGUACUCUCCAGUUGGAGGUCGGAAACUUACACAAGCAAGAUGCGGAACUCAAGCAGCAGCUUGCAGCUGCGAUGGCUGAAGUGCAAUCGAAAGCAUCCGAAUGGGCUGCAGCAAUACAAUCACAGCAAGAGAUGGAGGUGAAGCUUGAGGACACGUCUAACAAUUUUAAGGACGAGAAGCAGGUUCGUCGGCGAUUGGAGGCUCAAGUGAAACAGCAGGAAGAUGAAAUUACAGAAUUGAAAGUAGAGAAAGAGUCACUAGAUAAGAGUUUAGUUGAUAGGAAGAAGAAGCUUGCUACUGAGAAGGAGAGACUAGAACGAGACCUUGACGAAUUGAAAUCAACUCAUGAGGCUGAAUUGACAUCAUUGAGAGAGAAAUUCAAAAAGGAACGGCAAUCAGUAGACGUGUUGGUUGCAGAACAGAUCUCUCAAGCUGAGAAUGAUGUUGAGAGUCGUUGGCAAGAAAAAUCAUCGCGCUUAGUCAGUCAAGCUGAAGAACGUUGGCGACGCAAAUACGAAGAACUACAAGAAGAAACAGCAAAUCACAGAGAUCGUGCAGCAGCAGCUGAAGACAAAGUUGCACAUUGGAAAGCAACUCGUGGCGAUGCCGAGAAGGAGAUAAUUCAACUGCAAGCAAGACUGGACAGAAUUAUAGAGGAAAAGGAGGAGAGUGAACAUGCCAGAAAUAGUGCUGUUGAGGACAACAAGAGACUUGAAGCAAAACUGGCAGAUACAGAAGAGCAAGUUGAAUCUGCUCGAUCAGCGGGCUAUGAGUCAGGCCGUAAAGCAGCUUCUACAGAAGGUACAGCUGGAGGUGACAUUGUCAGUGAGGUAAAGAAAAUAAUGAACAAAGUGUAUCAGAUGUUGAGAGGUCAAUUUGCUGCUGAAGAGUCUUAUCCGGGAAAGCGGAUUCAUGAAGUUGUGUUGCAGACUGUGAAGGAAGUAACCCUCACUCAACUUCCUACUCAAAACGUUGCUGCGCGUGCGCAAGCAGCAGCUCCACAACAAGAACAGGAAGAGGAUGAGGAAGAUGAGGAGGAUGAAGAGGAUGAAGAGGAUGAAGAAGAAGAUGACGAAGAUGAGGAGGACGAGGGUGGAGAAGAUGACGAAGUCACUGUGGCAGUUGAAGUUGAAAUAGAAUCAGAAGAAACAAAAACGGAAAGAGAAAUCGAACACACAGAAAGACAAGAAACAACAAACAUUGAAGAUGAAGACGAGGAAGCUCAUGAAGAAGACGAGGAGGAGGAAGAGGAGGAAGAAGAUGAAGAGGAAGAGGAUGAGGAUGAGGAUGAGGAUGAGGAUGAGGAAGAAGUAGAUGAGAAAGAAGUAGAUGAGAAAGAAGUAGAUGAGAAAGAAGUAGAUGAGGAAGUGGAAAAAGCAGAAGAGAGGGAGAAAGAUAGAAAUGCUGAAGAGAAAGAGAAAGAAGUUAUCACUUCUAAAAUAGCUGAAGAGAUAAUAGAACAAAAGAUAAAAGACGAGGAGAAUGUAGAGACAGCAGAAUCAGUAAUAGAAAGAGUUGAAGAGGAAAUCAGUAAGGAAAGUGACGUCACUACAACAGAAGAGAAAGAACACGAGAAAGAACACGAGACUGACGGUUUGUUACCUUCAACUGGAGACACGCCUACCACCACAGAUAUAUCGACUAGUAAAGAUGAAGUCACACUAAGAAGUGAAGACAAAGAAGCGGGUGGAGAGCCAGCAAUUCUUGCUCCUGGAGUUUCACAAGAUGAAGAUGAAGGUGAGGACGGAUGGGAUGAAGAGGAGGAAACUACACAAUCAAAGCAGCUAGGAAAAGAUUCUGAUCACAUACCUACUGUCACCGAGUCAACACAUUCCAAAGAUACUGCUAACGACAUCACAGCAGUGGAUGAAGGUCAAACAGACAAAGGAGCAGAUCAACAACCACAGCCAGCAUCAAAGCCAGGAGCGUUGUUUAGUGAUGAAGACGACGACGACCUAUUCACUCCAAUAAAAUCAAAUGAAACGUCAAGCAAACCGGCCAGUUCUCUUCUGCAAGACACUACCGACUCGUCUGUGGUUGCAAACAACAACCUCUUCAACAGUGCGCCGCCUUCCAAGCCAUCACCUCAACCUACGACUACAAAGACAGAGGUGAAAGUUGACAAGGGUCCGUUGUUCGACGAUGAAGACGAUGAACUCGAUUGGUUGAAAUGACUUUUGGCGGCGAUCCCUGUAGUCGAUCAUAUUGUCGUGUAGUUUUUGUUCUAGAAAAAUGUCGGAUUAAUCAGCAAAAUGUAAUGCGUUGUUUGCUACUCGGUGUAUCUUCUUUCAUAUUCAUUAUAUAUUUUUGAAAAGUGAA